UUAAAUUGUAAGCGUAUUCUUUUAAUGACUCCAGUAAAUUAAGCAUCAAGUAAACAAAAGUGGAGAAUAACCUACACUUUUAACUUGUCUCACUAGUGCCUAAAUGUAGUGUAAAGGCUGCUUAAAGUUUGUGUGUAGUUGGAUUUUUUUUGGAAGCUGAAGGUAUCCAUCUGCAGACAUUGAGGCUCAAGUUGAAUUUGGAUUCAAGUGGAUUCUUAAUACUUCUGCCUGUGCUGAAGAGAGAAACUUCCUAAGGAACAAGCAAGUUGAAUAGAGAAAAUAGUGAUCAAUAAUAGGCAUUUUAGUGGUCUUUUUAAUGUUUUCUGCUGCAAAACAUUUCAAGAUUUAUUGAUUUCCUCCUCCCCCCAUUUUUUCCCACCACACUCACACACGCACGCUCACACUUUUUAUUUGCCAUAAUGAACCGUCCAGCCCCUGUGGAGAUCUCUUAUGAGAACAUGCGUUUUCUGAUAACUCACAACCCCACCAAUGCGACUCUCAACAAGUUCACAGAGGAACUUAAGAAGUACGGAGUGACAACUUUGGUUCGAGUUUGUGAUGCUACAUAUGAUAAAGCUCCAGUUGAAAAAGAAGGAAUCCACGUUCUAGAUUGGCCGUUUGAUGAUGGAGCUCCACCCCCUAAUCAGAUAGUAGAUGAUUGGCUAAACCUGUUAAAAACCAAAUUUCGUGAAGAGCCGGGCUGUUGUGUUGCAGUGCAUUGUGUUGCAGGAUUGGGAAGGGCUCCUGUGCUAGUUGCGCUUGCAUUGAUUGAAUGCGGAAUGAAGUAUGAAGAUGCUGUUCAAUUCAUAAGACAAAAAAGAAGAGGAGCAUUCAAUUCCAAACAGCUGCUUUACUUGGAGAAGUACCGACCUAAGAUGCGAUUACGCUUCAGAGAUACCAAUGGGCACUGCUGUGUUCAGUAGAAGUAGAGGAAG